AUGAUGCUCAAUCCGCUCGCUACACUUCAGCAGCUGUCGGUCACUCCGACCAUGGCAGACGGUCUCUGCUUGGAUCUCGAGCUGGAGCUUCGCGCGCUGGGCUGCCAGAUGAUUCAACAAGUCGGCAUGCUUCUGCAGUUGCCCCAACGCACCAUGGCUGCGGCACAGGUCUUCUAUCAGCGCUUCUGGUACAGCUCGUCCAUGUGCAACUUUUCCGCCGAUGAGAUUGCAAUGGGCACUCUCUUGCUCUCCACCAAGCUGGAGGAGACGCAGAUCAGCCUCCGUCACUUGGUCAACGCCUACCACUAUGUCGACUUUCAACUCACCAAGGGCCGACGCGCUUCAUCCUACACGCCUCUUGCUUACGAUGCUUCCGAGAUGAUUAGCGUUCGUGAUGCCAUAGUUGUAUCCGAGAUGCAAGUACUCAAGCGGCUUGGGUUUCAGGUGCACGUGACGCUGCCAUAUGCUCUGUUGGCCAAUUACUUGCAAGUGCUCGGCCUCACCGAUCCCGAGCUCAAAGUGACGGUGCAGCCACGCAAGCACUGGCACGCAAGUGGGACACCUACGCAGGCCUCGGGCCAUCUGUCGUCUGAGCGCGUCUCGGUUGCUCAGUGUGCAUGGUCGUUCCUUAACGAUGCCCUACAGACGCCCGUGUUGUGCAUUUUUGGCCCUCACGUUGUCGCUUGCGCCGCAAUUGUGCUUGCGACCGAAAUGUGCGAACCAGUGGUACGGUUGCCUUUGGAGCCAGCACCUUGGUGGCUGCUGUUUGACGCUUCCGAACCCGAGAUCAAGAUUGCUACGGCGCAUCUUCUAUGGCGCUACCAUCAUGCGUCGUCUGUCAAGAAUCUGGCCAAACUUCUCGAUCGACAUGAGCUUCAAAAGUACAUCGCGGCUCGUCCGGCGAUCCCAAAGUAG